CACGUUUCGCUUCGGUUUAGUCUCGAUAAUUCAAUCGACGUUCAACGUUGUGUCUGCCCUGUGUGCCCCGCGAUUGUGCCGUUACGCGAUUACGAAUACUCCAACGAAUACCCUCAACGCUCCAUGCCCAAAUACGUGCCGCAGGGUGCAAAAAAAAUAAAUAAAAUUAUAUAACAAAAUUUAUUGUCGCAGCAAAAGCGGAAGUACAUCGCGUGUGUGUGUGUGUGCUUGUGCCUCUGCAAUGGAUUUAAUUUUCAUUUGCCGCUGCAUUCCCCAGUGAAACCGAAACGCGAACAAUACUCGCGGACAGUGGAAAUGAGCUCGGGCUAGAGCCGUGUGCCACCACCACCGCCACCGCCACCACCUCGUAUCGGUCAAGUGAAGCGCGAUUACACGGGGAUUACGACGCCCAAUGUCAUCCCAAUCAAUUGAUCGCCAAGCAGCCACUCACCUAUUGAGGCAUUAGUUUACUGCUCCCGUCUGGCAGUAAAUGGGUUCAAAUUAUGUACAUUAAUCGCCGAAUGAAUGUCGAAUCAGUUAGAGAGACUGCUGUUUUUUAUUGUGGUGAUUUCAGGUGCAUUAUGUACAGUAGAAGAUUACGUAAUAAUGUCACAGUGUGCACACAACAAAGCCAUACACCUAGCUGCGGCAGGAACAGUCUCAGUGAUAGACAUUUCACAGAUACAAAAUAUAACGAUAGUCGGCCUCCCGGAUUAUGUGAACAACGAAUUCAAAAUAGCACUGUACGCAAAAGAAACCCAAAGGUAUUUGUGUUUCAACGACAAUUGGAGAUUAGUUGGCAUGAGGGAACUGCGCGAUACCUGCUACUUCAACGAGACGAUCGUGCACGGUUAUUUCGUGUUCCGGUCCGUUGUCGACCUGCAGCGCCGUGUCGGGUUCACGCACCGAGGUAAGCCCGUGGGACCCAAGAAGACCGUCAACAAUGCCUGCUACAUGUUCAACAAGAUCGAUGCCGAGCAGUUUUUCCAUCAGCACACGUUACCAAAAUGGCGCGAGAUGGCCGCCAGCCAGAUGAUGGCCAGCAAUGGGAAUGGCAGCAGUAAUGGCCGAAAGCCGUUGCCGCUGCCUCUGCCGCUGCCGUCGCGCAGCAACAAAAACAAUCGCCUCAAAUCGAAUAACCAAAAUCAAAAGUUGCAGCCGCAACAGGAGCAUCAUGGCCAUAAUAAUAAUAACAGUAACAUUAUUAUUAACAAUAGUAGUAAUAGUCUAAGUAGCACUAACAAAAGGAGAUUAGCAUUAAAUCGACAGAAGCAGCAGCAGCAGCAGAAACAGCAGCAGCAUCAAGUGCGACACCAUCACAAUGAUCCUUCGCUGCUGGCCAGGCGGCAGCAGCACGACAAGAAGCAGAAGCGACGACGCAAGGAGCAGUUGCAACAACGAGUCACAGCUAGUCCAACGAAACGAAUGACUGCAGCAGCCACAGCUGCCACCACGGCAGCAACAUCCACAUCCGCAACGACCACUGCAACCAAAUGGUCAACAGCCACACUGUCCAUCAAGUGCAAGGGGAGACGAAGAAAGGGCAAGCCAAAGGCAAAGCCGCCGCCAGUCACGGCUGCCACAUCAACAUCUUCCGACGACUCCCUCUACAGUAGCAGCAGCAGCAGUAGCAGCAGCGGCAUGGGCUACGAGGAUCCCUACAAUGCCAGCAGCACUAGCAUCACUACCUUGGAGCCCUGGCCCACCUGGUCGACCAUUGAUAGCUUUACGCCAAAUUUUGCGGGUGUAAGUAGCAGCAGCAGCAGCAGCACAACUGCAACAUCAGACGACAGUAUUAGCAGCAGCAGCAACUACCAUGCCUGGUCCACAUUCAUCACGGAGCUGGAGAGCGAGGCCUCAUCGGCCACCACCACCACGACAGAGAUGAGCGGCAACGACACCGAGCUGCUGCUGCAGUACGAGGCAGAGCUGGUGGAAGACGCGGAGACAGUGUCCACGACGGACUAUGAAACCAAAGGAACAUCAGCGGCAACAGCGGCAACGGCAGCCACAACUACUUCGACAGCGGGCACACAGCUGGUGAUAGAGCAGACGCCGCUGCAGCAGGAGCUAGCCACCACUCUCGCCAGCCAGACUGAUCUUGCACCGAGCACGCAUAAGCUGAGCAGGCAUCGUGGCGGUGGCAGUGGCAGUGACAGCAAGGAGAACCACAGGCAGUGGCUGCAGGGCGACAAUAAGUUGCAGCAGCAGCAGCAGCACAAGCUCCUGCUGCCACUGCAGCCGCCAACAGGCAGCACGCGUGUACCUUCCGCGACGACGCCCAGGAGGAGGCUCUCCCUAUCCACAUCCACUGUGGAGAGGAUGACGGCAACGCCGCCUCAGCAGCAUGGCCUCAUAGACAAGAUUUUCAGCGUGUACAAGAACAUCAAUAGCAACCUGAACAACACCCUCACCGAGGCCUCGCCGACAGUCGAUACCAGUCGAGGGGGGACCGUCACGGCGGCGACCACCAGCCCAGUCACCAAGAAGUCCCUGCGCAAGUCCACCCAGAAGCUGAUGGCCACGCCCUACCACCAGCUGACCUACGUGCGCAACGAGGCGGGGGACAUCGACAUCGACAACCUGGACAAUAUCAGCGUCUAUCCCGAUCUCUUCGAGGGGGAGCUGGACGUCAGCGACAGCGGCAACGGCAACGGCUCCACCAGCAACAGCCGCCUCACCUUCGUCAGCGGGUACGUGGCCACCUCGCCCACGUCCGUGCUGCCCGAGUCGAUACGGAUCGCCAAGAUCAAGAUCAACAACGAGCGCCGGCGCCUGCAGCUGCACAGCCAGCGGAGGUUCGCGUAGUAUCAUCAUUUUGGAGAUUAUACCCGCACUCAGAACAGUUUUCGAAUGAAUUAAGGCACGAUUAAAAAACAAACAACAAAUUAUGGAUGAAUUAACUGCAAUUUAUAAUGAACUGAUACAUAUAUAUACAGCGAUCGAUACUCGUAUAGGCCUAUACGGAGUUGCUUACUGUUCAGUACCUCAGCUCAGACAGAAGUUUGUACUUGCACGCCUUAAAGCACACUACAGAAGCGGAAGCGGAAGCGAAGAAGACCAGGAAGACUAUUACUCAGGCCAUACAUCACCCAAUGGAGUACAGAGUACAGUAGACGGCGGAGGUCGGAGGGCCGAAUGGAAAGAACUCGCAGAACUGACUAUGUAGCAGUAUAAAUGAAAAGACAAUAAGAUUUUUAUUUACGAGUAUGUGCUAUAUAAGCUAACGAAACGAAACGAAAUGAAACGAUGAGGAGAGCCGUAACGAUAGCAAUAACGAUAACGAUAGCGAUAGCGAUAAUCGAUGAUUGAUUGAUGUUUCAUAAUUAACUGCAAAAAACAAACUGUUGAAAUGGAAAUGGAAAAUGAAAUUGAAAUUGCAUUUGCUUGCAGCUGACCUUUGGUUACUAAAUCAAUUAAAUUUAUUAGCAAUGAGAAUUAAUACAAGCAAAUGCUAAACAAAAAUCGAUAAAUAUAUAUAUAAAUAUAUGCAUAUAUUUUCAAAAUUUUAUAACGAAACGAAAACCAAUUGCACUUAGAAAACAAAUAACAAAUUUAACGAAAAGCAAAAACCCAUGAAGACGUUUUUAUACCCGAUACUCAAAAUGAGUAUUGGGGUAUAUUAGAUUUGUGG